AAUAAACAAAAUCAACAAUAACAAGAGCCCAAGCGAUACUUGGAAUCGGGGCACGGAUUAACACAUUUAAAAUUCUUGUUUAAACGGUAUGCAGGUAGCCUGCGUAUAGUGUAAUUACAAAAGAUGCUCUAAAGUGCGUAACGAUAAAAUUACUUCUUAUUUGCUCAUGAUUUUAACACAAUUAGACUAAAUAAUAAAUUUAACACCAUCCUCUAAUAACUAACUGCACACACAUUGUACAACAACUUAAAUCACAUAACCGGACAGUCCGUGUAUCUACGUUUUUGUGGUGAUAAUCUUCGCAUCAUUGGAUGAUGCUCAGAGUAUAACAUCAGUUUGACACGAAUUAUUGAUGAGGACACACUUAUGAAUGAUAUGCUCUUAUCUGUUUGGUGACGAUUCAAAUUCUAAGUUCUGAUUGUGUAAACAGUUUGAAAGUGAAUGGCAUAAAAUUGAAACGAAUCAGUGAUUAUAACGGUAAAAGUGAUUUGAAAGUUAAUUGUGUUCAGUCUAAGGUGAUUGAAUAAAAUAAUGGCAAAGUGGACACGAUUGGAAAGUCCAUAUUUUAGCGAUAAUGAAGAUACAUACGAAACGGAAACAGAUAAUGUGUGCUCCGACGAACCAAUUGACUUGAAGCAAGUGAUGUGUAAUCCAAAUCAAUGUCAAGAAGAUGCUUCAAGUGAUUGGGAAACAUCGAAAUUGGUGAAAACGAAAGCAUUUCGAAUAAAAGAUAUUCUGGGUUUGGAAGAAAAUGAAAGAAUUGCCGCGACGCCAUCAACGCUGCCAAAUCUAGAUAGCAAUUUUUCCAGUCUCAACAAAUCUUCGACCACAACACCAAACACAAUAACGUCACCCAGUGUUUUAAAGUAUUUGAAUGCACAAAGUGUCCACGACCAUAUGCCAAAUGCAAACAUUUUAAAUGCAUCUGCUCUAUUGCCCUGCAAUUCAUUCAAUAAUAAAAAUCCCGCAUUACUUUCAUCACCGUCGCCAAAUGCCUAUACAAACUUUAUGUAUGCUAAUUGGAUUGAUCUACAUACUAAAAUGCCUGAUCAAACAAAAUAUUUGUUCUGCUUACAAGGUCCGAAACUGUUGGGGAAACGAUCGCGUAAGCCGGGCAUCGAUCGAAAACCGCGGCAAGCGUACAGUGUAAAACAGUUGGAAAAGCUUGAAAAUGAAUUCAAACAAGAUAAAUAUCUAAGUGUGAGCAAACGAAUGGAAUUGUCAAAAACACUGAAUUUGACAGAGGUGCAAAUCAAGACCUGGUUCCAGAAUCGACGUACAAAAUGGAAGAAACAAUUGACAUCACGUUUGAAAAUUGCACAACGCCAGGGCAUCUAUGCAACCGGUUUUGGUAUACAAAAUGUCACCGCUGCAAUGGGCACAUCGUCAAUAACACCAUUUCCGCUGUUUGGCCCAUGCUAUCCGGGUUCAUUGUGCAUGUCAAUGCUGACAACUCCACAUACCAAUUCACAUGCCAUGGUAAGCUCCACGACGGACGCCUUGCCAACAAAUGCCAAACCAAAUGCGCUAAACGAAAAUAGCACCCCAUCAACUUUACAAUGAGUUGACCGAAUGAAAAAAAAAGGGUUGCUUUUUUUCCUGUAAAUCCGUUUUUGGCUCGCGUUCUCUCAGGACCACGUUUUGUUUAGUUUUCUUCAGGUAGUCAAAUCAAAAGUAAUUAAAAUCGUGGAAAACCACUUUAAAUUAAACAAAUGUCACUGUAUUUUAAACACGUUUUGUCUUGCACUCUCAUUAAAGCCAGUAUAAAUCAUUAAUUCUUACAACAAACUAGUUAAUUUUUUUUUUUGAGCGUGUGUUUUCAUUCCGUUUGAUUUUUUCUUAACUAUUCUGUUUGAUUGUUUUUU